UUGCACAUGGAGAUUGAUGGAUUGACGACCGACCGACCGACAGUCUCGCCGUUUUGUUGUCUGUGGUAGAUAUGAACAACCCAUAAAUUUGUCUGGUCUCUCUCCCUCUCUGUCGCUAUCAUUUCGAUGCAGCUCCUCACCCACACUCUCGCCCUCUGUGUCAUUCUUAUUCCUCCCCUUCGCCGUAUUCGGCGUAUGAGGGCAUCUUGGACAUGAGUGCGACGUCCAUCGUGAUGCCCCAGUGGUCGCUGAUCUCCUCACCCAACUCCUGCACCACCAAAUCAGCCCCCCUGACCCACACACACACACACACACACAUCCAUGAGUGAAUCCCUGCACCUUGUGUGUGUGUCCACCCCCCUCCCCACCUGCACUCGAUCCACCCCAGCUCGAGCACUAGGUCCUGGUUUCGGCCCGGCAGCCAUGCGUCGUAGUCGACGGCAGGGUCGUCGAGAAUCUCUGCCGGCGGGUGUGUCGACACCAGCCGCCGGAUGACGGCCGGCGGGAUGGCGAUGCGGUCCACCGACAUGAUGUAGUCCACACGGCCGCGGAACGGCCAGAUGAACAGGCUGUUGGGCUUGUUCCGCCGGCCCUUGCUGUCCUCCGAAGCAGACCAACACAGACAUGGGCAUGGAGGCAUGCAUCAUGUGCUGUGCGUGGGCUGGGCUGUUUACCCACCUGCUGUCCGUCCUCCGGUAUGCCCUGGAGGGUGGCGUCGCUCUGGAUGUGUUUGUGGAAUGGGUUGUGGCCGCGGUCGAAGAGGUCGCGGCACUCGGCCGUGUGGUCGAGGGUCAUGAGCUUGCCAUACAGGUUCGGGUGAGCCUCCGAAUCGAUGUUGAAGUCACCCAUUAUCUGACACACACACACACACACACACACACACAGAGAGAGAGAGAGAGAGAGAGAUGACAGGGGCAGAGAGGGGGAGAUGGGGAGAGAGGGAACACGAAUGUGUGUGUGCUGACUAGUAUGUAUACGCCGGUGAGGUCCUUCCUGCCCUGGUUGUAGAUGAACUCCUCCCACAGACGCUCUGUGACGAAGUUCUUCAACACAGACAAGUUCUUGCGACGACGCUCCGAACCUGACGCGCAGCCCAAGCCCAUCCACACACUGGUGGUCCGCCAUCCCAUCUGUGUGCAUCACAUGCACACUCACACAGGUGUGUGUUCCGACUCACCCAACACGUUGAAAUGCGCGUUGAAGACAUACAAGCGGGGCUCCAUCCUCACGGCGGCCGCCAGCUCGUUGGCCGCCUGCACGGCCUCCUGCAUCUUGCCCUCGCUAGGGGCAUCCGACAGCCCGCUGGGUGAGGCACCGAGAGUGAACUCGACGCAGGUGACGUUUUGGUUGGCCAAGGGGAGGGACUGCCGGAAGGGGCGCUUCCCCGCAUGCUCAAACGUCAGUAUGUCGGGACGCCACGCCUGCAGCAAACCGCUAACGACAGACAGGACGACAGACACACGGCAGAAGAGAGGUCAGGUCGGUUGGCAUUCGUUCGGCGUAUGAGUGAGUGCUGCGAUCGUGUCGUGUGAGGCAUGUGUGGGUACUGUACCCAGUAGCGGCGCAGUAGGUGCGAAUAGGGCCGAUGAUGCCGCCGAUGAUGCCUCCCACCCACCCCUGGAAGUCCUGCUCCACACGAUGGGUGUCCUCCAGCUCAUCUUGCAACUCGCGCAGACCUGCACCCCACACCUCCUGCACACACACGCACACAGACGACCACAGUCAGUGCAACAGGCCCCGCACGUGUCCGCCUGACCUGCAGGCACACGAUAUCAUGUUCCGCUGCGAUUCUCCCAAUCCUGCCGCCCCUCGCCGCCUGCCGUGUGCAGUUCCAGAAGACCGAGUUGAAGGUGAGGAAUGGCGGCACCAGGUAGCAAUUCUGCGUGUAGAGCGACAGGGGGUACUCGGGCCCUUCCUCGCCUCCAGUGGCAUGCGACGCGCCGGACUCUUCGCCAGCGCUGCCGGUUGGCUCAGAACGCCGUGAUGAGCCUUCUGGCGAUGAUGUCGACUUCAUGCUCUACAUAGGCACCAAGAAGGCCAUAGCUGGGCUCCCU